AUGUCAGAACACACGCAAAUACAUUCUCCUCCUCAGGAGAGGGACUCUUCUACCAAAAGCCCUGCUCCAACAUCAGUACAUUCCUUCCCAGGUCUCCCACAGAUUAUCUCCCAUCGCGGCUACAAGGGGAAAUUCCCCGAAAAUACCCUCGCCGCAGUCCAAGGCGCCGUUCAGGCCGGUACUCACGCACUAGAGAUUGAUCUGCACCUCUCUCGAGAUGGAGUACUCGUGCUCUCCCAUGACCCAACGCUACAGCGAUGCUAUGGAAUCAAGAAAAAGAUCGGGGAUUGCGACUGGGAAUACCUCAAGACCCUACGCACAUCACAAGCACCCUACGAGCCCAUGCCUAGGUUCGUCGAUAUCCUCGAAUUUCUCCGGCAACCGGGACAUGAGCACAUCUGGGCUUUACUUGAUAUCAAAGUAACCAACGACCCCGAAAUAAUAAUGUCCCGCAUCGCCCAAACCAUCGCCUCCACCCCCCUCCCACCCUCAUCACAACCCUGGCACAAACGCCUAAUCCUCGGCUGCUGGUCAGCCCACUACCUCCCCCUGCGCGACAAAUACCUGCCCACCCACGAAAUGACCCUAAUAACCUUCGACCUAAACUACGCCCGCCAAUACCUACACACCCCCAACAUAUCCUUCAACGUCAACCAGCGCAUCCUCAUGGGCCCAUUCGGGCGGGGCUUCCUCGACGAAGCGCGCGCCGCAAACGCAAAAGUGUAUUUGUGGACGGUUAAUGCGCCGAAUCUUAUGCGGUGGGGGAUUAGACGGGGUGUGGAGGGGAUUAUCACUGAUGAUCCUGCGUUGUAUAAGAGGGUUUGUGAGGUUUGGGAGCGGGAGAGGAAGGAUGGGGUGGUUUUUGAACCGGAGUUGCAGGUUGAUAGCUUGAGUGUUGGGCAGAGGGCGCAGAUUUGGAUGGUCGCUGUACUUGUUGUGUUGUUUGGGUGGGUGAUUCGACGGAAGUAUCUGCUGGGGGGUGAGAGGGUGAGGCUUGAGGAGAGGAAGGUUACUUAA